AUUUAUCUAUUUAUACAUGUAUGUAUAUAUUAGUUUGGCAACGCGAUGACUGUCUCAUAGCAUGGAGGGGAGAAAAGAAAGAAGCAAGUAAAGGUGUUGACAUGAAGUGAAAGAUAGCAUCUUUGCCAACCCCUGUUCAGCAAACAACCAUGGAGACAACCGUCGGUGCCGGCGUGGAAAAAGCUGUCGGCGACGGCACGAAGGCAUGGGAUUCCGGUGGUACCAACAUUUUGGUGAGAAGGGUGAUGUAUGUGGCCAUGCUCCUCGGUGGAGUUGGAGUACUGUGGAUGUCUUUUCAUCACUUUGGUUCUCCCUUGGAAUGCCCCACCUUCUCACACUACUCCAUGGAUGAAUCAUCAAAGGAGGAUGAUAAUGAUCAAAAGCUAGAGAGUGUUCUUAGAAGGGCAAGUAUGAAGGAUAAGACAGUGAUACUCACCACUUUGAAUGAUGCAUGGACAGCACCAGGUUCCAUAUUUGACCUUUUUCUUGAGAGUUUUCGUAUAGGGAAUGAGACAGAAUGGCUUUUAAACCACUUGGUGGUAAUAACUUAUGAACAAAAGACACAAGAACGUUGCCUUACUGUGCACAAAUAUUGCCACCAACUCAUAUCUAAAGGUGACAAUUUCACUGGUGAACAACGUUACAUGACCCCAAGCUACCUACACAUGAUGUGGAAAAGGCUCGAAUUCCUUGGUUCUAUCCUUGAUAUGGGAUAUAGCUUUGUCUUCACGGAUUGUGAUAUAAUGUGGCUUAGAGAUCCCUUCAAACAAUUUGACAAGGAUGCAGAUUUCCAAGUAGCUUGUGAUGCUUUCAACGGCAAUCCCUCUGACAUACGCAACCCUUCUAAUGCAGGGUUUAAAUAUGCGAGAUCUAAUUAUCGAACUAAUUGGUUCUACAAGUUCUGGAUAAACUCGAGGAGUUCAUACCCAAAAUUAAAUGAGCAAGAUGUGCUGAACAGGAUCAAAGAGCACCCUUCGGUUUCUGACAUGAAGCUGAAGAUUAAGUUCCUCAGCACCAGCUAUUUCGGAGGGUUUUGUCAGAUUAGCGAGGACUUCAACAAGGUCACAACAAUGCAUGCAAAUUGUUGUGUUGGUUUAGAAAAAAAAUCCAAUGAUCUUAAACUGGUGCUAGAAGACUGGAAGAAGUAUAUGGCUUUGCCUGAACAUAAUAAAACAGAGUCGCAUCAUUCUUGGAGGGUACCACAAAAUUGCAAGUUUUAAUACCUCAAAAUUUCAUUAUUUAAGUAUUUUUUAGAUGAAGUUAUUGAUGAGAUGAAGUUACAUAUAACAUUUGAUGGAGGCUUUAGCUAGUUGCUAUGAAAAAUGGUUUUCUGGCUUUCUACAAAGUUCAGGGAGAUUGUGAUGAGCCUUUUUUGCUCUAAA